GGUUUGCUGCGCGCCGCGCCCGCCCUGCCUGUUGAGCGGCAGCCGGGAAGAGGCGCGGCGGCCGCCGGCUGUGGGGACACCGGUGCAGGGACAGGCAGGUGCCGCCGCCGGGCCCCCCUCUGCCGCCCGCCGCCCACUCUCCUCCUGGGCGGGCGGCGCGGAUCUGCGAGGCGCGCCCGGAGCUGCCGGCGAGCCGGAAACGCAGCCCGAGGUCGAGACGCCCCCGACUCUGUACUGGAUUCAGGAACUGACCCAACCGUUUCUGAAGUUGCUGCUAAUGUUACACGUAAAAAUCAUCGUUCGUUCUGUUGAAGAACAUAGUCUGUCUUCCCGGCAAACCCAAGACAAACACGGGUUUCCAAGGAAUCCAGAGUCGCCCCUCUUUCUGUUCUGACCUUCUGCUGCCCCUGGACGCUCCCGUCACCAGUGUCCCUGGUCCCGUAGUGGCUUCUGUGGGUCGGUCCCCGUAAGAACAGCCGCCAGGAGGUGAUCACCAUGUUUUGCGCGAAGCUGAAAGACCUGCAGAUCACGGGGGACUGCCCCUUCUCGCUGCUGGCCCCGGGCCCUGUCCCCAAAGAGCCCGCGGGCGAGGCGGCAGGGGGCGGGCCCGCAGCUCCGGCCGGAGGGCAGGGCCUCUGUCCGGGCGACCCCGCGAAGAAGCCGCCCGGAGGGCUUCCUCAGAGGAAGAGUAGCCGCAGCCGCGUCUACCUGCACACGCUGGCCGAGAGUAUCUGCAAACUGAUUUUCCCGGAGUUUGAGCGGCUGAACCUUGCCCUUCAGAGAACACUGGCAAAACACAAAAUAAAGGAAAGCAGGAAAUCUUUGGAAAGAGAAGACUUUGAAAAAAUAAUGGCAGACCAAGCGAUUGCAGCAGGAGUCCCAGUGGAGAUCAUCAGAGAAUCCCUCGGUGAGGAGCUUUUUAAAAUAUGCUACGAAGAAGAUGAAUACAUCCUAGGGGUGGUCGGAGGAACCCUGAAAGACUUCUUAAACAGCUUCAGCACCCUUCUGAGACAGAGCAGUCACUGCCAGGAAGCAGAGAAGAAGGGCAGGUUUGAGGACGCGUCCAUCCUGUGCCUGGAUAAAGAUCCCGAUUUCUUAAAUGUUUACUAUUUCUUCCCCAAGAGGAUCACUUCCCUGAUUCUCCCCGGCAUCGUUAAGGCAGCUGCUCGCAUCCUGUACGAGACCGAAGUGGAGGUGUCCUCGACGCCCCCCUGCUUCCACCAGCACUGCAGCGAGUUCAUGGACCAGCCCUGCCUGCUCUACUCCGUCCACGUCAAGACCCCCCGGCCGGCCCCACCCCCGGGGAAGCCCCCGUCCUCGCUGGUGAUCCCCACCUCGCUCUUCUGCAAGACCUUCCCCUUCCAUUUCAUGCUGGACAGAGACAUGACCAUCCUGCAGUUGGGCAACGGCAUCAGAAGGCUGAUGAGCAGGAGAGACGUGCAAGGGAAGCCUCAUUUUGACGAGUACUUCGAGAUUCUCACUCCAAAAAUCAGCCAGAACUUCAGCGGAAUCAUGACCAUGUUGAACAUGCAGUUUGUGGUCCGCGUGAGGAGGUGGGACAACGCCGUGAAGAAAUCUUCCAGGGUGAUGGACCUCAAAGGCCAGAUGAUCUACAUGGUGGAGUCCAGCGCCAUCCUGUUCCUGGGCUCGCCCUGCGUGGACAGACUGGAGGACUUCACGGGCCGGGGGCUCUACCUCUCGGACAUCCCCAUCCACAACGCACUGCGGGACGUGGUCCUGAUCGGAGAGCAGGCCAGGGCGCAGGACGGCCUGAAGAAGAGGCUGGGCAAGCUCAAGGCCACGCUGGAGCAGGCCCACCAGGCCCUGGAGGAGGAGAAGCGGAAGACGGUGGACCUCCUGUGCUCCAUCUUCCCCUGCGAGGUGGCGCAGCAGCUGUGGCAGGGCCGAGCCGUGCAGGCCAAGCGGUUUGGCGACGUCACCAUGCUCUUCUCGGACAUCGUGGGCUUCACGGCCAUCUGCUCUCAGUGCUCCCCGCUGCAGGUCAUCACCAUGCUCAACGCGCUCUACACCCGCUUCGACCGGCAGUGCGGGGAGCUGGACGUCUACAAGGUGGAGACCAUCGGCGAUGCAUACUGUGUGGCUGGGGGCUUGCACAAAGAGAGCGACACCCACGCUGUUCGGAUCGCACUGAUGGCCCUGAAGAUGAUGGAGCUGUCUGAUGAAGUGGUGUCUCCCCACGGAGAGCCCAUCAAGAUGCGCAUUGGACUGCAUUCUGGGUCGGUUUUUGCCGGAGUUGUCGGAGUUAAGAUGCCCCGUUACUGCCUUUUUGGAAAUAACGUCACCUUGGCUAACAAGUUCGAGUCCUGCAGUGUCCCCCGGAAAAUCAACGUCAGCCCUACCACCUACAGAUUACUCAAAGACUGUCCUGGUUUUGUGUUUACACCUCGAUCAAGGGAGGAACUCCCACCAAACUUUCCUAGUGACAUUCCUGGAAUCUGUCAUUUUCUGGAAGCUUAUCAACAAGGAACAACUUCAAAGCCAUGGUUCCAGAAGAAAGAUGUUGAGGAAGCCAAUGCCAAUUUUUUAGGCAAAGCAUCAGGAAUAGAUUAGCCAAAUACACACCCAAUUGUUAGUCUCUGGGUUUGAGUCCUUGGAGCGUGUGUGGACCUUCUGAGAGCACACUGGGAUGGCAGUGAGCUCAGGAGCGGUGGUAACAUUUUGGGAGCUAAGUCACCACCUGCUUUUCCUUCCACUUAACAUGACAAAAAUGUAUUCACCUCAAUGUUCAACUCUUCAGUGAAAAAGAAAGAGAGAGGAGAGAGAAAGAAAGAAGGAAAGAAGGAAGCCUCAAAAAGUGACUUUGGGGGAGUAUUUCUGAUAUAUAAGAAUAGCUUAUAACCUAUACUCAGAACUGAGCGCCUUGUUCGUAUAUCGGGCGAUUGUAGUGACCUGUACAGCCUGGUGGAGUCGCCUGCCUUCUGCCCUGGCCAAACACCCUGGUUAUCAAAGCGCUUCUCAUAGUGUUGGUUGCCUUAAAAACGCUUUUUGAAUAGAAACCAUAGUCUGAUACCCUAAGCUCCUUGAACCUUUCAAGUCUGCAUUUUGUUACAUUUCCUCAUUUAACUGUUAGCAUACAUAACAAAACAGAUUGAGGCUUCUUCUGUUGCACUUUUUUCUUUUUUUUAGAGAAAAUAAGCCAUUAUGGGUUAGAUGCAAUAUGAAUCUAAAGUAGUUCUUCUGUAAAUAUCAAAGAUGAUUUUAUAAAAAUAUUCUCCACAACGUAA